GAAGUACGAACCCGCCCGACUCCGUCCAUAUUUUCCAAUAAUCUUCUCUUCCGUCUUCCCUGAGACCCUUCUUCCAUAGCAGACUCUCUCAGAGCGAUCCCCUCUCAUAAUUCAUAGCGUCAGUCUCCAUUCUUCAAGACUCAAGCUCUCGCCGUUCAUUUCCGGCGCCAAUCUCCAUUCUUCAAGACUCUUCAAGCUCUCGCAAUUCAUCUCCCUUUUCUUGUCAGCUUGUGCAACACGUACCUUCCCUCUGUCUAAAUCCGCUUCAAUCUUUAUCCCCCAAUCCGCUUCAUCUCACUGGCGACAGAGAUGGAGAAUGGAGGGGGAAGUCUAGAGGAUAAAUUCGCCCGCCUGCGCAUGCAGGAUCCAGGCAGCACCAGUGGGAACAAGAACGAUGGGUUAUUCCAGGUCAUAAAAGCUGUAGAGGCAGCUGAAAUCACUAUCAAGCAACAGGUGGAAGAGAAUAAUCAAUUAAGAUUUGAACUUCAAAAAAAGAUUCUGGAGCUUGAAACAUAUAAAUCAGGUGGGCUGAGAAGUGAGAAUUGUCAUUUACCUGAACAGUUGGAUGGAUAUCAUCACCAGCUGCAUGGAACAUUUUCACAUUUUGAAAAUCAAACUGGUUUGCCCAAUAAUACUCCUAGACAUACUUUGUCUGAUAAUCUUGUCCAAAAUGAUUUAUGCUCUACUCUACAAGAACAUGGAGAAAGCAGCAGAGAUCCUGACAAUGCCAAUGGCAUACUUAGAGUGCAUUUUAGUGGUCAGAAUCCUCCAGAUCCAUCAUCAUUUUUUCCCAGCAGGUAUCAAAAAGAAGGGGAACAAGAUAGGGGGCUUAAUGCACCUGGACAUGGUCUGAUGCCAAUAUCUGAAUUAAAUAAUCCAAACAGUGUGAAGCAGAUCCUGGAUCAAGAACAAGAGAUUUUACAACUUAGGAAUCAUCUUGGGGAAUAUUUAAUCAAAGAAGCACAAAUAUGCAAUGAGAAGUGUGUUCUGGAAAAGCGUAUUGCUUAUAUGCGUAUGGCCUUCGACCAGCAGCAACAGGAUCUGGUUGAUGCUGCAUCUAAAGCAAUAUCUUAUAGACAAGAUAUCAUUGAAGAAAAUAUACGCCUUGCAUAUGCAUUGCAGGCUGCACAACAAGAAAAAUCAACAUUUGUAUCAUCUCUACUACCACUACUUGAAGAGUAUUCUCUUCAGCCUCUCGAAGCCGAUGCUCAAUCAAUUGUUAGUAAUAUCAAGAUUUUGUUCAGACAUUUGCAGGAAAGGCUUUUGAGUACAGAGCCUUCCAAAAAUACCCUUAUCAUUCAAUUUCAUUUACCCUUUCAAACUUCCUUCCUAGAUCUACCCAUCUGCACCACGGUGGAGGUGGAGGUGGGGCUGGCGCCGAUGGUGAGGCUGCCGGAAGUGGAGUGGCGGCGAAUCGGCGAUGAGGAAGAUGGACAGCCCAAUCCAGAUCGAGUGGAGCCAGAUGAUAUUUGGAUGGAUGACUUGGUCAGGUACUAUAUGACCGGGCAAUUCCCUGAGGAUGAGGAUAGGGUAAGAAAAGUAAAGUUGAGGGCUCCAAGAUUCCAAAUGCUUGAUGGAAGGCUAUACAAAAGGGCAUUUGGCGGUCCGCUGCUGAGAUGCUUGACCAGGGCGGAGACGGAAAGAGUGAUCGCCGAAGUUCAUGAGGGUGUCUGUGCAGCCCACCAAAUGUCCAGGACACUCGCACAAAGGAUCAUCUUGCUAGGUUAUUUCUGGCCUACAAUGAACCAAGAUUGUGAGAUGUGCAAAGGUGCAAGACUUGCCAGGUUUGGGAUGGACAUCAUUGGGGCCUUCCCUCAAGCUCAAGGGAGGAAGAAGUAUGUCAUGGUCGCUAUCGACUACUUCACAAAAUGGGUAGAGGCGGAGGCAUAUGCAACCAUCACAACCAAGCAGUGCCAGCGCUUCGUAUGGAAGAAUAUAAUCACCAGGUUCGGGUCUCCUCGAAACAUUGUGACGGAUAACGGGCCUCAAUUUCGGAAUCCAGGGUUCACCAAAUACUUGGAGGACUUCGGGAUUACUCACAACAAGGCUUCCGUGGCCUACCCGCAAGGGAAUGGUCAGGUGGAAAAUGUGAACCGCACAAUAGUCGAUGAGAUUAAAAAGCGGUUCGGUGAGGCAGGAACAAAUUGGCUAGAGGAAUUGCCACAUAUCAUCUGGGCUUACCGAGUCACUUCGAGAAGGGCCACCGGGGAAACACCUUUCGUCCUUACUUAUGGAUGUGAGGCCAGACUACCCAUUGAAGCAAAGAUGAUGACCUUCCGGGAAAAGAUCUAUGAGGAGAAAGGGAAUGAAGAGGACCAUUUGGCAGAGUUGAACUUGUUGGAGGAAAGGCGGAUGGUCGCUGAGGCUAAAAUGAUAGAGUACCAGCAAGCGGCCAAGGCCUACCAUGAUAACAAGGUAGGGCCUCGUUAUUUCCAAGUCGGUGAUGAGGUCUUGAGACGAAGGGAGGCCAGCAAACCGAGUGGUGGUGGAAAGCUUGCGAAGAAAUGGGAAGGCCCAUAUAGGGUCAAGGCAAUAUUACGCCCUGGGACAUACAAGUUAGAAACAACGGAAGGUCGAGAGUUGGAAAG